AUGCUUUCCGCAGGGGAACGACCCCAGCCUUCCCACGCUUCCACCAAAGAUUCCACCGUGAGCAAGGCGCGCAUCAUGCCGGACCUUGCCACCAACGGAAGCAACGGAGCAACAUCCUCCUCCUCACAAAUACAACAUAUCUGGGUCGUGACCGGUCCCGCAGGAUGUGGAAAGAGCACCGUCGGCAACGUCCUACGCACUGAACUAGGCAUUCCAUUCCUAGAAGGCGACGAUUUCCACCCCACCGCAAACAAAGACAAAAUGGGCAAAGGCAUACCACUCACAGACGAGGACCGCUGGGACUGGCUGAUCUCGCUUCGACAAGCGGCAAUCGACGCGCUCUCCCCCUCAGAAACCAACAACUUCCACCCACCUUCCGGCGUGGUAGUAGCCUGCUCCGCACUGAAGCAGAAGUACCGUGAUGUCAUGCGCGUCGCUGCAUACGGCUCGUCCUUGGUGCAGAUCCACUUCGUCUACCUCAAGCUCAGUGAGGCGGUCUUGUUGCAGCGCGUCACACAGCGCCAAUCACACUACAUGAAGAGCAGUAUGGUGCAGUCGCAGCUUGCUGUGCUUGAGGAGCCCAUGGGUGAGUGGGAUGCUAUCACUGUCAAUGUUGAGGGUACGAUGGAGGACGUGCAGCGCAAUGUUAUUGAGGCUGUUACCGAGAAGCUUGCGGAGUAUAAGUGA